CGUCUCCGAAUGUUGUUGUUGGUGGCGGUGGCGAGCGGAGCCGGAGGAGCCGCCGCAAAGAUGGAGGAGCCGUCGAGGAGGCGCUGCCGCUGCUGCCGCCGCCGCUGCUGCCGCCGCCGCCCGCGAAGCCGGAGCUCGAGCCGCAGGGGGGAUGCUGUUGUGAGUGCCUGACUGCCUCGCCCUGGAGGAUGGCCUCGGAUGGGCAUUAGAGGCACAGCGGCCCCGGGCUCCUGUCCCGUCCGUCUGUCUGUUAUCGGCUGUCUCUCUUGACAUCACUGCAGCUCCACCCCCUCCCAUCCCAGCCCCCAACACCAGCUUCCUGCAGCCCCAGAGCCGGUAUGAACUCUCCCACCAAGUCGGGAGGCAGUGGGCUGUGGUGGUUAGAGCUCAGACUUGAGCCUCGGACAUCCCAGCCCUAUCGUUUAAGCAGACCUAGGAUGGGAUGUCAGGCCGGGAACCAUCCUUGGAAAUCCUGCCUCGGACCCCUCUACACGGCAUCCCUGUGUCAGUGGAUGUGAAGCCGGUGCUGCCAGGAGCCAUGCCCAGCUCCCUUGGCGGCGGGGGUGGAGGCAGCCCCAGCCCCAUGGAGCUGCGGGGGGCUCUGGCAGGCCCUGUGGACCCCGCACUGCGAGAACAGCAACUGCAGCAGGAGCUCCUGGCGCUCAAACAGCAGCAGCAGCUGCAGAAGCAGCUCCUGUUUGCUGAGUUCCAGAAGCAGCAUGACCACCUGACGCGGCAGCACGAGGUCCAGCUGCAGAAGCACCUCAAGCAGCAGCAGGAGAUGCUGGCAGCCAAGAGGCAGCAGGAGCUGGAGCAGCAGCGGCAGCGGGAGCAGCAGCGGCAGGAGGAGCUGGAGAAGCAGCGGCUGGAGCAGCAGCUGCUCAUCCUGCGGAACAAGGAGAAGAGCAAAGAAAGUGCCAUCGCCAGCACUGAGGUGAAGCUGAGGCUCCAGGAGUUCCUCUUGUCGAAGUCAAAGGAGCCCACGUCGGGCGGCCUCAACCAUUCCCUCCCACAGCAUCCCAAAUGCUGGGGAGCCCACCAUGCUUCUUUGGACCAGAGUUCCCCACCCCAGAGCGGCCCCCCUGGGACGCCACCCUCCUACAAACUGCCUUUGCUUGGGCCCUAUGACAGCCGUGAUGACUUCCCCCUCCGCAAAACAGCCUCUGAACCCAACUUGAAAGUGCGUUCGAGGCUAAAGCAGAAGGUGGCUGAGCGGAGAAGCAGUCCCCUCCUACGUCGCAAAGAUGGGACUGUCAUUAGCACCUUUAAGAAGAGAGCUGUUGAGCUCACAGGUGCUGGGCCAGGGGUACCCUCGGUGUGUAACAGCGCUCCAGGCUCCGGGCCCAGCUCUCCCAACAGCUCCCACAGCACGAUUGCUGAGAACGGCUUUACUGGCUCAGUCCCCAACAUCCCUACUGAGAUGCUCCCCCAGCACCGGGCCCUCCCUCUGGACAGCUCCCCUAACCAGUUCAGCCUCUACACAUCUCCCUCUCUGCCCAACAUCUCCCUAGGGCUGCAGGCCACAGUCACUGUCACCAACUCGCACCUCACUGCCUCCCCAAAGCUGUCGACGCAGCAGGAGGCCGAGAGGCAGGCUCUCCAGUCCCUGCGGCAGGGUGGCACACUGACGGGCAAGUUCAUGAGCACAUCCUCCAUCCCUGGCUGCCUGCUGGGCGUGGCGCUGGAGGGUGACACCAGCCCCCAUGGGCAUGCGUCUCUGCUGCAGCACGUGCUGCUGCUGGAGCAGGCCCGGCAGCAGAGCACUCUCAUCGCGGGUGCCCUGACAAUGAUGGUCACUCCCACCCCUCACCCCACAGUGCCACUCCACGGGCAGUCCCCUCUGGUGACGGGUGAACGUGUGGCCACCAGCAUGCGGACAGUGGGCAAGCUCCCGCGGCACCGGCCCCUGAGCCGCACUCAGUCGUCCCCACUGCCCCAGAGCCCGCAGGCCCUGCAGCAGCUGGUCAUGCAGCAGCAGCACCAGCAGUUCCUGGAGAAGCAGAAGCAGCAGCAGCUGCAGCUGGGCAAGAUCCUCACCAAGACGGGGGAGUUGCCACGGCAGCCCACUACGCACCCCGAGGAGACGGAGGAGGAGCUGACUGAGCACCAGGAGGCCUUGCUAGGGGAGGGAGCCCUGACCAUACCCCGAGAAGGCUCCACGGAGAGUGAGAGUACACAGGAGGACCUGGAGGAGGAGGAGGAGGAGGAGGAGGAAGAGGAGGAGGAGGAGGAAGAGGAGGAGGACUGCAUCCAGGUCAAGGACGAGGAGGGCGAGAGUGGCACUGAGGAGGGGCCCGACUUGGAGGCGUCCAGUGCUGGUUACAAAAAGAUAUUUUCAGAAGCCCAGCAGCUACAGCCACUGCAGGUGUACCAGGCACCCCUUAGCUUGGCCACUGUACCCCACCAGGCCCUGAGCCGUACCCAGUCCUCACCUGCUUCUGCUGGGAGCAUGAAGAGCCCCCCAGACCAGCCCACCAAACACCUCUUCACCACAGGUGUGGUCUAUGACACGUUCAUGCUGAAGCACCAGUGCAUGUGCGGGAAUACACACGUGCACCCCGAGCACGCUGGCCGGAUCCAGAGCAUCUGGUCUAGGCUGCAGGAGACAGGCCUGCUUAGCAAGUGUGAGCGGAUCCGGGGUCGCAAAGCCACGCUGGAUGAGAUCCAAACGGUGCACUCUGAAUACCACACCCUACUCUAUGGGACCAGCCCCCUCAACCGGCAGAAGCUGGACAGCAAGAAGCUGCUUGGCCCCAUCAGCCAGAAGAUGUACGCCAUGCUGCCUUGUGGGGGCAUUGGGGUGGACAGUGACACUGUGUGGAACGAGAUGCACUCCUCCAGUGCCGUGCGCAUGGCAGUGGGCUGCCUGGUGGAGCUGGCUUUCAAGGUGGCAUCAGGAGAGCUCAAGAAUGGAUUUGCCAUCAUCCGGCCCCCAGGACACCAUGCAGAGGAAUCCACAGCCAUGGGAUUCUGCUUCUUCAACUCUGUAGCCAUCACAACCAAACUUCUGCAGCAGAAGCUGAAUGUGGGCAAGGUUCUCAUCGUGGACUGGGACAUUCAUCAUGGCAAUGGCACCCAGCAAGCGUUCUACAGUGACCCUUCCGUACUCUACAUCUCCCUGCAUCGCUAUGACAACGGGAACUUCUUUCCAGGCUCUGGAGCUCCUGAGGAGGUUGGCGGAGGGCCGGGCGUGGGGUACAAUGUGAACGUGGCAUGGACGGGAGGUGUGGACCCCCCCAUCGGAGACGUGGAGUACCUAACGGCCUUCAGGACAGUAGUGAUGCCCAUUGCCCGGGAGUUCUCACCUGAUGUGGUCCUGGUCUCUGCUGGGUUUGAUGCUGUUGAGGGACACCUGUCUCCACUGGGUGGCUACUCUGUCACCGCCAGAUGUUUUGGCCACUUGACCAGGCAGCUCAUGACGCUGGCAGGGGGCCGGGUGGUGCUGGCCCUGGAGGGAGGCCAUGACUUGACCGCCAUCUGUGAUGCCUCUGAGGCCUGUGUCUCAGCUCUGCUCAGCGUGGAGCUGCAGCCCUUGGAUGAGGCAGUCUUGCAACAAAAACCCAACAUCAAUGCAGUGGCCACGCUAGAGAAAGUCAUCGAGAUCCAGAGCAAACACUGGAGCUGUGUGCUGAGGUUUGCUGCUGGUCUGGGACGUUCCCUGCGGGAGGCCCAGGCAGGGGAAACAGAGGAGGCUGAGACUGUGAGUGCUAUGGCCUUGCUGUCGGUGGGGGCCGAGCAGGCCCAGGCUGCUGCAGCCAGGGAGCAUGGCCCCAGGCCGGCAGAGGAGCCCAUGGAGCAGGAACCCACCCUGUGACGCCCUGGCCCCAUCCCUCUGGGCUUCAUCAUUGUGAUUUUGUUUAUUUUUUCUAUUAAAAGCAAAAAGUCACACAUUCAA